AUGCUCAGACCAGCCGUUGUCAUCGUCCCCGGCUCGUGGCACCGACCACAGCAUUACCAGCGCCUGAUCGACGAGUUCGCGAAAGCCAACUACCAAGCUGUAGGCGUGACAAUGCCCUCGGUAGACUCUAGCCCUCCCUCCACCAGCUGGAUCCCAGACGCCGAGGCCGUGCGCAAGGUCAUCCUAAGCUACCUCGACGCCGGGCGUGACGUGAUCACCAUCGCCCAUUCAUUCAGCGGCAUCCCCAUGUCGGAAGCAGUCAAGGGCCUGGGCAAGAGCGCGCGCGAAAAGCAAGGGCUUCAGAGCGGCGUGCUCCACUUGAUGUAUAUGUGCGCCAUGGCGCUUCCCGAAGGCCAAAACCACAUCGGACAAGUGAAGCCCCAGACACCGGAAGAGGAGGAGCUCGAACGGCAACGGCAGGAAUACUUGGCCGAGCAUGGCGGCAUGCGCUUCACUGAGGGGGGUGAUGGAGCGAUGAUUCUGGAUGGCAAUGCAAUCCGAGAGGUCUUUUAUAACCGGUGCGACCCUGCCGAUGUGGACGAAGCGGUUGGGCUGCUGGGCUCGUACCCCGUGGGCCCGUUGUCCGUGCCGGUGACUUACACGGCAUAUUGCGAGAUUCCCAGUACGUAUAUCGUCUGCGAGAACGAUCGGGCCUUGCCGUCAUUGGUGCAGGAACGGAUGAUUGCGCAGAGUGAAGGGGCGCUGAAGGUUGAACGGUGCCAGGAAGGUCACUCGCCGUUCUUGAGCGAUCCGCGCUUCAUCGUGGACUGCGUUCGCAGGGCUGCUGGGGAGAAUGUCUAGGCUAUUCCGCGCCAUGGUCCUUGUCUGUAUAUCAGAAUGUAUAAUAAUACCCCGCUCCUCAGGCUGGAUAAUGGGUUAAAUUG